CAUAGACGAUCUUCGAACAGUGUGUACAGCUGCUGCAAGUCGUGGGGGAGAGGCUGCAAGCAAGCGGACGCGUAUGAGGCGAGGAAGUCCGAAGCCUGCUGUUGUCAGGCGAGCGGGAUAGUCAUGGAUAAACCCCGAAACCCUCCGCUUUAGCCCCAGCAAAGGCCGCUCCCGGAGCCGGAAGACGGGCGGAAAUCUUCAUACUCCUCCGCAGCACCGACGGACACGGCGGAGGGCUUCCUCCGGUUCCUCCCCGCUGGAAGAAAUGUGGCUGAACCCGGAGGAAGUUCUGCUGAAAAACGCUCUGAAGCUCUGGGUGACCGUAAGGAGCAACGACUUCUUCCUGCUGCAGAAGAGGAGAGGCCACGGAGAGCACACAAAUAAGAUAACAGGUCUCCUGGUCGGGGCGCUGGACACGGUGCUGGACUCCAAUGCCAGGGUCACACCGUUCCGCAUCCUGCUGCAGGUUCCCAACUCCCAAGUCAGCUGGGUCAUCGCCAGCGGAGCCGCCAUAGAGGAGGUGAACAAGCACUGGGACUGGCUGGUCCACAACUUGCUCCAGUCUUUGUCUGUGUUUGAGAACAAAGAGGAUGCUGCCAGCUUUGUCAAGGGAAAAGUCAAGGGCCUCAUCGCAGAGGAGGUUCGGGGGCGUCAGGCCGCCCAGGAGGAGGAUCCAGAGAAGUUCAGAGAGGCCCUUCUGAAGUUUGAGCUGCACUUCGGCCUCCCUUCGUCAGAGAAGCUGGUGACCUACUACUCCUGCUGCUGCUGGAAGGGCCGGGUGCCUCGGCAGGGCUUCCUCUACCUCAGCGUCAACCACAUGGCCUUCUACUCGUUCCUGCUGGGAAAAGAAGUGAAGUUUGUGAUUCCCUGGGCGGAGGUGACGCGGCUGGAGCGGGUCUCCACCGCUCUGAUGACCGAAGCCAUCCGGGUCACCACCCGAAAGCGGCAGAGGGAGUUCUCCAUGUUCCUCAACCUGGACGAGGCCUUCGGGGUCAUGGGUCAGCUGGCUGACAUUACCCUCAGGCGGCUGUUGGACAGCGUGGGCCUGGAGCUGGACCGAGUGCUGCAGCAGACGGCACGCAUCACCAAGAGAAUCUUGGAGGAACAGGCAAUCAGACAGUACGUCUUGGCCUUGUACCGACUCCCGCGCUCGGAGAAGCUGUACGAGGUGGCGCCGUGCUCGGUGUGGACGCCGCACAGCCGCUCCCACACGGCCGGGACGCUCUACACCACCGACAGCUAUCUGUGUUUCUCCAGCAGAGAGGAGGGCAGCUGCACUCUGCUCAUCCCGCUCUCUGAGGUUUUGUCCAUAGAAAAAGCAGAGAGCACCAGCUCCCUUCCCAACCCGGUCAUUGUGAGCAUGCGGACCAAAAAGGCCUUCCAGCUGAUCGACCUGCAGGACCGCGACGACCUGGUGGAGAGCAUGAACUCCAGACUGCGCGCGCUGCAGUGGAAACACUCUGUGUUUCGCAGCAGGAAGGACAGCAGAAGGAGUGUGUCCUCCCCGACUCCCUAUUACACCUUCUACUAUGACACCGGCCUCUCGGACGAGGAGGAGGUGGAGGAGCAGGUCCUCCGCAACACCGUCAACAGCGAAGCUCUCAUGACGGCCUUCCACCAGAGCCGGCCGGGAGACAACGGCAACAAGAGCAUGGAGCCCGUGAAGGAGCGGCUGUGGGACGACCAUUUCACGGAGUUUGGCCGCGGCGUUCACAUGUUUCGCACCGAGAAGAUCCAGAAGCUGGUCGCCAUGGGGAUCCCAGAGUCGCUGCGAGGGGAGCUGUGGAUGACGUUUUCUGAUGCGUGCUCCGAGCUGGACUCCCACCAGGGCUACUACGCCGGCCUGGUGCAGAAGUCGAUGGGCCACAGCAACCUGGCUACGGAUGAGAUCGAGCGUGACCUGCACCGCUCGCUGCCGGACCACCCGGCCUUCCAAAACCCCACCGGCAUCGCCGCGCUCAGGCGAGUCCUCACCGCCUACGCUCACCGCAACCCGAAGAUCGGAUACUGUCAGUCCAUGAACAUCCUCGCGUCCGUUCUGCUGCUAUACGCCAAAGAAGAAGAAGCUUUUUGGCUGCUGGUGGCCGUUUGUGAGAGGAUGCUGCCCGACUACUUUAACCGCAGGGUCAUCGGAGCCCAGGUGGACCAGUCUGUGUUUGAGGAGCUGAUCAGGGAGCGCCUGCCGGAGUUGGCGGAGCAGGUCCCGGACCUGUCCACGCUGUCCUCCGUCUCCCUGUCCUGGUUCCUCACCCUCUUCCUCAGCGUCCUGCCCUUCCAAAGCGCCGUCUGCGUGGUGGACUGCUUCUUCUUCCAGGGCAUCAAAUCCAUCUUCCAGCUGGGCCUGGCCGUGCUGGACGCCAAUGCCGCGCAGCUGUCCGCCUGCACCGACGAUGGCCAGGCGCUCAUGAUCCUCACCAGUUUUCUUGAUCAGGUUGGGAGUGAAGAGUCGCCUUGUGUCCCGCCGCCGCCGCCUGCCGCAGAGCAAAACAGCUGCAGCGACACCGAUGCUCCCGCUAUGAGACACAUAAACAUCACUGACCUCAUCAGCGAGGCCUUGGUGAAAUUCAGAGACCUGUCGGUGCGGCACAUCGAGCGUCUUCGCUGUCUGCGCAGAGUCCGGGUUCUGCAGGCCCACGAAGACACCAUCAAGGAAAACACUCUGCGCCUGGUGUCUCCGGACGUCUCCAUCUCUCCUGAGAAUCUGUCCGACCUGUACGACCUCUUUAAGACGGAGCACUUUAUCACUCUGUACUGGGGCGACAGCAGCUCGGCUGCGGCGGCAGAAGCCGCGGCCUGGCAGCACGGCGACUCCGGUCACUCUUUCGUGGAGCGGCAGUAUCGGCUGGACCGGCCGCAGUUCAAAAGCCUCUACGGGCUGCUGGUGCCGUGGCCGUCCGGGUGCAGCCAGCACACGGACACGCUCUCCAACCGCACCUUCACCUUGCUGGCCCCGGACCGGGACAACCUGGUCACCUUCAAGGACUUCGCCAGCUGGCUGGACACGCUGUACUGUGAGGAGCUGAAUGUGAAAAUAAGGUUCCUCUACCGCCUCCACAUUCCUCCAGCUCUGUCAGAGAGCGAGGAUGAACCGUCCCUCAGGAGCCCCCUGCUGUCCACCAACAGGCCCCUCUACGUUAACAAAGAGACUCCAGUUUCAGAAAGUGAAGAAGAAGUGAAAGACUACCAGGAGCAGCUGAAGCAGAUGCUACAGGAUUUGGUCAAGGAGAAGGAGAAAGACGCAGACAAACCUCUGCCGCUGAUGAAUCAGCGAGAGUUCAUCCAGUUCUGCAAGACGCUCUACAGCAUGUUCCACGGCGACCCGGAGGAGAACGACCUCUUCCAGGCCAUCGCUACGGUAACCAGCCUCGUGCUGCAGAUCGGCGAGGCCGGUCACCGCGAACAGACCAAAGCGUCGGAGGAGAAGCCGGCGAAACCCACGCCGUCGUCCGACGGGGCUCUGGCCCCCGACGACGAGUGGACGGUGAGCUACGCUCAGAUCCUGGCCUCGCUGCUCACUGAGCAGGCGCUGGUGAACUUCUUUGAGAAGCCGGCCGACCUGACGGAAAAAAUCGCACAGGCCAAACAGAACCAGUACCAGCAGCGGGCGGGUUUGCUCACGCUGCAGAAAGGGACCAGGUGACUGUGAGAAGGACGACGGUUUGUCUGCGACGUCUGAUCAAGACGGAGGCCUUACCUGUACCGUGAAUCCCACAGGCUUGAGCCAGAACGGCCUGCAGCUCCUCUGUGAUGACGCCCGGCGGGGAAACGUUCAGGAUCACCACGCUCCAGUCAGCCGCUCUCCACAACGUUUACACACUCUGACAGCGUUAAUUACUUUACCUCCUUGAUCACACCAACCCGCCUGCCUUAUCAGAACAUUUUACCAAUCGAUGGGACAGAUAAAAAAAAAAGAAAAAGUUUUUGUAUUCAUUUAGUGCUUCUGUUUCUGUCAUAGGAAAUGUUUCCAGAUGCUCUUUUUAAUUAAAGACAUUUUUAAAACAAUUUAAUUCUUUUCAUUGAAGUUGAGACAUUUACCGUUUAUUAGGUCAUUGAUUCACCAAGGUGUCGGGUCAUCCAUGGUUCAAGCAACAAUUCCAGUAAAAUAAGUGGUACACAACUUUUCUACAUGCCAGAAAAAACACCUUUCUGUCCUACUUUCACAUGGUAAUACUGGGAUUGCUGCAAGUUUUUAGACAGAAUCAACUUAAACAAAAUUCUCGUGUUCAUCGACGUGGCAUUUCUGUAAUACCAGAAAUCGGGUGGAAUCUACCAAAAAAAAAAAACCUUCUUCCAUAACCAUUCCAGGCCUCAAACAUAAAUCAGAAGGUCUGUGGGAUGAGCAGGAUGAUUAAAGGUGAUUUAAAUACAUUUGCAAAAAUGGUCAAAUAUUUUCAAGUUCGGAAAAUGUCAUAAAUUGGGUCUUACUGGCAAAAGUUGUGUGUACAAAUCAUGAACAGGUUGGAUGAUAUUAAUUGCGGGGACUGAUGAAAACAAAACAAACCUUAACAUUGGAACUGUCCACACUGAAUAAUACUCCAAUAAAAGCCUUGAUUUAUACAUAAAUUCAGAAACAUUUGUGUUUUUUACAUGCCUUUCCACUGAUUCCAAUCAAGAAUUUGGAGAGUGAAAACAGUGAAGUUGGUCAAAUCUCUAUAGGGCUUUCUUUUUUUUUUUUUUUUAGUGAGCUGGUCAAUUUCCAGUCACCAAAUUGUUGGAUGUGAAUAAAAGUGAUGGAUACAAAAGAAAAGAAGGAGGCAGAAUGCUGCAGGAGGUUGUGUGCUUUAUUAACUACUGAUUAAACGUAGAGGACGGCCUUCAGUCAGGACCCAAAUAAUCGGAAGAAACAAAACACACAUAAAAUGCUGUCAGCCAGCCUUCGUUUCAAAAGGAGGCUUAAUUCAUACAACUCUUUUGGAGAGGUUUAAUCAUGGAGGAUAAGUGGCACAACUAACUCACUAAACGCAUUCAGAUCUUAGUCAUUACUGGGUCUAGUCAGGGUUCUCAGAAGGAAACGGUGGAUCGGGACAAAAAUGGUACAUUAAAUUACGGCAUCAAAUCGUUGAAAUGUACAAAACAGUGGGAGGGUCAGGUUGUCUGCUAGCGAGUCGUGUUUCCCCGCAGCGGGGGUCUUGGAAC